AUGCUCGCCCGGCCGCGUAUCGCACCCGUCCUCAGAAUGGCUCAGGUUGCUCAAGUUGCCCACGUCCACGAUGUUGCCCGCCAGGGCUUUGGUACCGGAACCAACGAGCUGUAUGAUCGCGCGCGCCCGUCCUACCCCGCGGCGGCGCUGCAGUUUAUACACAGCUCGAUGAGCCCCUCUCAAGCCACAGUGAUCGAGCCUGGGGCAGGGACGGGCAUCUUUAGUCGCCUCCUUCUACAGCCCCCGACGGCCGACUACCCUAAGUUUGACCUCAAGGCGCUGGUGGGCGUCGAGCCAAGCGCAGGCAUGCGUGAGGCAUGGGACAACGGCAUGUCGCGCAUUCCCAAGGACGCCAAGCCGCUCACCUUACGUGUCGUCGACGGUGGGUUUGACGACUUGAGUCAGACGGGCUUGAGCAAGGGGACUGCGGACGCAGUCAUCAUUGCGCAAGCUUGGCAUUGGUGCCCUGACCAUGAGAAGGCCUUGACCGAGAUCGCGGACUACCUUAAGCCAGGCGCUCCGCUCAUCCUCAUAUGGAACCUCGAGUCGGACAGCGCUGGGCUCCACAAGAGUCUUCGCGAAACCUACCAGCCCUACGAUCAGGGGUCGCCCCAGUACUACCGCAUGCUGUGGCGCAGCAUGUACGAGACCACGGCGUACAAGCGCCUGUACAGCCCCAAGCAGGAGGUCCACUUCCCAUGGGAAAUGGGUAUGACCGAAGACCAGGUCGUUGACCGUGUCAUGAGCAAGAGCUACAUGACAAUGCUCAAAGGCGACGAGCGCGACGAGGCCAUUGCCCAGAUCCGCCAAGUCAUUCGCCAGAGUGACAAGGAGUGGAUCGACAAAGAUAACGGAGUGUUCAAGUACCGAUACACUACGGAUAUUGUCAUUCUCCGCAAGAUCUAG